GCCCCGCGCCGCGCCCGCACCUCCCCGCAGCCCGUGCCCCGAUGCUCUGAGCCCGCGCGGCCCCACACCCGGCUCGGCGCCGCCAUCUCCCCGCCACCGCCAUCGGAGCCUCGCGUCCCAGGGAGCCGGCGGGAGGAGAAGCCGUCCCGCCGCCAUGGACAGCCCCGGCGGCGUCACCGACAAGAAGAGGAUUAGCUCUGAGCGCAGGAAAGAGAAGUCCAGGGAUGCAGCCCGGUGCAGGAGGAGCAAGGAGUCGGAAGUGUUCUACGAGCUGGCGCACCAGCUGCCUCUGCCCCACACCGUCAGCGCACACCUGGACAAGGCGUCCAUCAUGCGGCUGACCAUCAGCUACCUGCGCAUGAGGAAGCUGCUGGAUGCUGGUGAGCUGGAGACAGAAGCCAAAAUGGAGAAGGAACUGAACUGUUUCUACUUGAAAGCUCUUGAUGGCUUUGUCAUGGUUCUGUCUGAAGAUGGGGACAUGAUUUACAUGUCUGAAAACGUGAACAAGUGUAUGGGACUCACUCAGUUUGAGUUGACGGGGCACAGUGUAUUCGAUUUCACUCAUCCAUGUGACCACGAGGAGCUGAGAGAAAUGCUUACACACAGAAAUGGUCCUGUGAAAAAGGGCAAAGAGCAAAACACGGAGCGCAGCUUUUUUCUCAGAAUGAAGUGUACACUGACUAGCAGGGGAAGAACAGUGAAUAUAAAGUCUGCUACAUGGAAGGUGCUGCACUGCACUGGCCACAUCCGUGUGUACGACACGUGUGGGAACCAGACCCACUGCGGGUACAAAAAGCCUCCCAUGACCUGCCUGGUGUUGAUCUGUGAACCUAUUCCUCACCCGUCAAACAUUGAGGUCCCCCUGGACAGUAAAACGUUCCUCAGUCGUCACAGUCUUGAUAUGAAAUUUUCCUAUUGUGAUGAAAGAAUUACAGAGUUGAUGGGGUAUGAGCCAGAGGAGCUCCUGGGUCGCUCAAUCUAUGAGUACUAUCACGCACUGGAUUCUGAUCAUCUGACCAAAACACACCACGACAUGUUCACAAAAGGGCAGGUGACAACAGGACAGUACAGAAUGCUGGCCAAACAAGGUGGCUAUGUCUGGGUUGAAACUCAAGCAACUGUUAUAUACAACACUAAGAAUUCUCAGCCACAGUGCAUAGUGUGUGUGAACUACGUGUUGAGUGGAAUUGUUCAGAAGGACUUAAUUUUUUCCCUUGGACAAACUGAGUGUAUGCUGAAACCAGUGGAGUCUCCUGACAUGAAAAUGACCAAAAUAUUCAGUAAAGAUGACCUGGAUGAUACCAACAGCCUAUUUGAAAAACUUAAACAGGAACCAGAUGCUUUAACUGUGCUAGCCCCAGCUGCUGGAGACACAAUUAUCUCUCUAGAUUUCAGCAGUAAUGAGUCUGAUGAACAACAAUGUGAUGAAGUUCCUUUGUAUAAUGAUGUAAUGCUCCCCUCAUCCAGUGAGAAAUUGCAGAAUAUAAAUAUGGCAAUGUCCCCACUACCUGCCUCUGAAACUACAAAGCCACUUCGUAGCAAUGCUGAUCCUGCACUCAAUAGAGAAGUUGUAUCAAAGCUGGAGCCAAACACAGAGCCGCUCGAACUUUCUUUUACCAUGCCUCAGGUGCAAGAACAACCAACCAGCCCAUCUGAUGCAAGUACCAGCCAAAGUUCACCUGAGCCCAGUAGUCCCAACGACUACUGCUUUGAUGUGGAUAAUGAUAUGGCCAGUGAGUUCAAACUGGAAUUAGUGGAGAAACUCUUUGCCAUAGAUACAGAAGCAAAAAAUCCAUUCUCUACUCAGGAAACGGAUUUAGAUUUAGAGAUGUUGGCUCCUUACAUCCCGAUGGAUGACGACUUCCAGCUGCGCUCCUUCGACCAGCUGUCCCCGCUGGAAAGCAGCAGCUCCUCCGGCUCUCCGAGCGCAGCCCCCGUCCCCAUCUUCCAGCAGGGCCAGGCGGCAGCGGGCAGCGCCGAGGAGGUGAAGCCGGCGGAGCGCGCGGACGACGUGAAGCCGAUCGUUGUCCCUUCCUCGCCCGCGCGCGGGGUCCCCGAGCCCAGCAGUGCCCCCGCCUCGCCCUACGGCGGGAGCAGGAGUCGGACUGCCUCUCCCAUCAGGGCAGGGAAAGCAACAGCGGAUCAGGUGGAAAAGCCUUCUCCAGGAGCACCCAGCUUGCUAACAGUCACUCUGAAUGAAAGAUCUACUGCACUGGAUGAAGAACUAAAUCCAAAGAUGCUAGCUUUGCAUAAUGCUCAGAGAAAACGAAAAAUGGAACAUGAUGGUUCACUUUUUCAGGCAGUUGGAAUUGGGUCUUUAUUCCAGCAGACAGGUGACCGUGGAGGAAGUGCAUCACUUGCUUGGAAACGUGUAAAGGGAUGCAAAACAAAUGGUCACAGUGGAGUGGAGCAAAAGACAAUCAUUCUACUAUCAACUGACAUAGCAAGUAAACUUCUAGGGCAGUCGAUGGAUGAGAGUGGACUCCCCCAACUCACGAGUUACGACUGCGAAGUAAACGCUCCCGUACAGGGCAACAGAAACCUGCUACAGGGGGAAGAACUGCUCAGAGCUCUGGAUCAAGUUAACUGAGCUUUCACAAAAUUUGCUCCUUUUUUGGACACUGGUGAAUCAUCACCUAAAGCAGUCUAUUUAUAUUUUCUAUAUCUGAUUUUAGAAGCCUGGCUACAGUACUGCACUAAUUCAGUUAGUUCAGUUUUGAUCCCCUUUCUACUUAUUUUGACAGUCUUUUUAAUAUGUUCUUUAUGUAACAAUAACUCAAACUCUAGUGCAUUUUUAUAAUUCUUUGGUACAUACACUUUUAAGUCCAUUACAUUUAAAACACACUUGCAAUAGCAGCUUUGAAAUAUGCACCUGAUUAAAAAAAAUAUUUAUUUUUUGGCUGGGGAGUUGGUCACCAAAACUUAUCAUUAGUAAAAUGUCAACACAGGAAAAACUGGCAAUACUUCCAUCCUGCUUUUCAUAGGUAGUUGGAAGACUUGUGCUCUCUUACUCUUUAUGUUCAAGUAAGUUUUUUAUGUUAAUAGUUUUUAUAAGAAACAACAAUGCUUUGCAGCGGUGCAUUGUAGCCACAAUCGCACAAUAUAUUUUCUUAAAAAAUACCAGCAGUUCCUCAUGCAAUAUAUUCUGCAUUUAUAAAAACUAGUUUUUAAGAAGAAUCUUUUGUUUGCCUAUGAAAACAUGUUUAAACCUGGAUUAUGUCCUUAUUUUAGUCAUGUUGUAAUAUAAAUUGUUCUCAAAUGCUGUCUUAUGCUUUUGACUUCAGUGGGUGUGGUUAGUCAAAGGAAAGGCUUUAUCUGGGAAGGGCUAGCAGCAUUUUCUUUGGAUACGUUCUCAAUUUAGAGAAAGUUUGAUGUUCUUAAAGUAGUCACUUUGCCAGCUUAAAAAAAAAUCCCUGCCUGUAGUUGUUGAAGUUAAUGCUAAUAUUGUGUAUGAUCUUAAAUCUAAAUGUUCAGCUUACCCUGUGUGGUAUAGGUGAUAUUUCAAGCAGAUUGUAAAACAUCUUGCAUUGUUAGCAAACUUUUAUCUAGUACAUCAUUGAGUUGCUCAAUAUUUUGAUGUUUUGGUUUUAUGCACCUUGUUGCUAUUAACAUCCAUACGUUUUCAUGUAGAUUUCAAUAACUUGAAUAUAUUUAGAAGCCUUUUUAUUUAGAAAUAUAUAGUUGUCACAAACAUCUUAUUUUCCUAUAUGUACUGUACAAAACCUUCAUUCACUCCUUCUUUUUGCUCUUUGUGGUUGGAUCUAACACUAACUGUAUUGUUUUCUUACAUCAAUAAACUAUAUGUGGACCAGG